AUGACGGACGUCUGGGAAACCGACUACACCAAAACCUUCCACCACACGCCCUACCCGGCCAUCUCGCCCACCCGCCCCGAGCUCUCCGCUGCCAACAAAACCAUCUUCAUCACCGGCGGCGGCAGCGGCCUGGGCGCCGGCUUCGUCGAGGCCUUCGCCACCGCCGGCGCCGCCCACAUCAUCACCAUCGGCCGCCGCGCCGGCCACCUCGACGCCGUCGCGGCCCGCACGCGCGCCGCUCACCCGGGCACGACCAUCACCACGAUAUCCUGCGACGUGACGCGCGAAGCCGACGUCGCCGCCGCCUUCGCCCGCGUCAAGGAAAUCGCCCCGCGCGGCGUCGACGUGCUGGUCGCAAACUCGGGGUACCUGUCGGAAGUCGAGCCCGUGAAGGCGGCGAGCGGUGAUGCCGCAGCGGAUGCGGCGGUGACGGCGGAUUGGUGGCGUGGGUGGGAGGUCAACGUCAAGGGCGUGUACCUCGUCGCGCGGCACUUCCUGGCCGCGGCCUCCGGCCCCGGCGCCGUGUUUUUGAAUAUCUCGGCUGCGGCGUGCAUGAUCACGCCGGUGCUGCCGGGGUUUUCGUCGUAUGCACCGUCGAAGAUCGGGACGUGUCGCUUUAUCGAGACGCUGCAGGCGGAGAAUCCGCAGUUGCGGUUCCACAAUAUUCACCCGGGCUGCAUCAAGACGGAUAUGCUGACCAAAUCGAAGUUGGAGGAGAUUGAUCUGCCUUUGGAUGAUCUUGAGCUCGCGUCCCAUUUCCUGGUGUGGUUGGCCAGUCCUGAGGGCGAGUUCUUGAAAGGAAAGUACCUAUGGAGCAACUGGGAUGUCGAUGAGCUGAAAGCGAGGAAGGCCGAAAUCCAGGCCCCGAACAAAUUGGUCACCGGGCUUGUGGGCUGGGCCUGA